AUGGCUUUUCUACGCCGAUACCUCUGGUUGUGGUCGCUGUUUCUAACACUUCUUUUCCUCUUUCUCGUCCUACGGUCUCUUCCUGUCCGUAGCCCUUUACCUUCCAUCAAGGUCUUGAAUACAGGGCACUCCCUGCAGUGCACACGCCAGUGGAAUCCAGCUGAUGAUACUGCUCCACCUGCCCAUGAACCGGUAGGAAUAGGAACACUCCGCGAUGUCAGGGAGGAGAACUUCUACCGGGGAGGAGUCUCCACGAUAGAAUUAGUGAACGGAUCUUCUCAUCCUCUUCCAGCAAUUUAUGACCCUUAUCCAGAUUAUAACCGGGAGGGUGUGGGGUUUCACGCCUGCUAUGGACCACGAGGAACCGUCUUAAAUCGCCAGGACCCCGAAGAUAUGGUUCUGGCCUAUCCAGGUCUGCAGGAGGGCUUUCCUUUCCCAAAGUACGGCUCGUAUGACGCUCUCAAACUAGACGGUUGCAGCUGUACUACUCGCUCCUCUCGCUUUGGUGCAUACGGUUACACCGAGCCGGGCCCUGACAGCUCUGGUCCGAACUCCGCAGACCAGGCUUCUUGGGAGAACGUAAACUGGAAGUCGCUCCAGACGCAGUGCCUUGAAAGGAACAGCGCCAUGUAUAAGACGCCAGAUAGCGGUUGGAAUGGUCUCCUCCCCUUGCAAUAUGAAGCCAUUCAACUCAAUGAGAAACGACACUCCUCACCAGGAUUCCAGACACGGUCGGCAGUGAUACUUCGCGCGUGGCAUGAUAUGCAAUGGACUGAAAAUAUGAAGCACCACGUUCGAGCGCUGAUAAUGGAGCUUUCGUUGCACUCUGGUGCGGAAUAUGAGGUGUUCCUCUUGACUCAUGUCAAGGACAACGACAUACCGCUAUACGGCCCUGAUGACGAGGAGAAUAUCCAGAACCUAAAGGAAAGAUAUAUCCCAAGGGAGUUUUGGGGUAUAACGAUAUUCUUCAAUGAGCAGACACUGGAGUCUUGGUAUCCCAAAGUGGACGAGCAUAAACCAUUGCAUCAGCACUUGCAGCCCCUGCAGAUAUUCUCCGUCGCAUUCCCCGAAUUCGACUACUACUGGCAGUUAGAGAUGGACGCCCGGUUCACGGGUCAUGCAUACCACUUCCUUCAACGAGCAAGCGACUUUGCAAAGCAGCAGCCCAGAAAAUACCUAUGGGAAAGGAAUGCAUACUUUUAUAUACCCGGUGCGCAUGGGAGCUGGACGAACUUCCUCACGACAGUCGACGAGUCAAUGGAGAGCAAAGGGAGCAUUUGGGGCCCUGCUCCCCCGGACUCUCUACCAUGGCUGGACCCCGUUGGGCCUGAGCCUCCGGUGGAGUUCCCUGAGGACGAUGAUUAUGAGUGGGGGGCUGGCGAAGAGGCAGAUCUGAUUACUUUUCUUCCAAUAUUUGAUCCAUCCGAUACAACGUGGGUGUUCUCAACCAUGGUCUGGGAUAUUCCCGAGGAUAUACCGCGACGUGCAUCCCCGGUUACCAUGGGUCGAUUCUCCCGUCUCCUACUGCGCUCAAUCCACGAUGCACAAGCGGAUCAAGGGAUCGCACUGGUGUCAGAGAUGACGACCUCAUCCUUCGCAUUAUGGCAUGGUCUGAAAGCCGUCCACGUUCCGCAUCCUCUAUAUGCAGACGGCAAAUGGACGCCGAAAGAGUUGGCAAGGAUGGUAAAUCGGGGUCAGCCGGAGAGAAUCAACAGUGGGCUAGACAGUCUCUGGAAUUGGAACCACAGAUUCGACCAUAUCCUGUAUCGAAUGACUUAUAUGUUCACUGCUCAGGCUUCCGAAGACUUUUACCGCAGAUGGCUAGGCUUUGAAGCAGACCCCAAUCAAUACACCGACGGGAGUUAUCACCAAGAUCCCCAAGGACGGAAUUGGUUUGAUGGUGGUGCUUUACGCGAGGAUUUAUAUGGCCCGCUUUGCUUCCCAUCUAUGCUUCUGCAUCCUGUCAAGAACACCGCCUCUAGAAAGGGAAGUGACAUGGCUGUUCCUGUCUGA